GCAUGUUGCUUUGCAAAAGUCUGCAAUGCUGCCAAGAACAGGUAACAGCUGUUUGAGGUGAUUAUUAAUUUACCGAUGUGAUCAAUCAUCAGCGGGAAGGUUGUGCUCAAGUUUUUAUUGUACACGCGGCCAACGAUGGCAACAACAAGUCCUGCUGUGAGAGAGUACGUAUUCACAAGGCCAACUUCCACAGCUGCUGCAGACAACAUGACUUUAACACCAUAUGAUUACAAUUACGACUACACCUUGCUUCCUGAUUGGGAGUCUUCGGACUAUGGGAAGUGUGAUUACGAGCGUCACAGAGUGUAUUUUCUUCCUGCCAUCUACUCCACGUUCUUCCUCCUCGGCCUUCUGGGGAACUUCCUUGUCAUCUGGGUCACCGUUUGUGGAUUGCGACUUCGCAACAUGACAGACGUGUGCCUCGUAAACUUGGCCAUGGCUGACCUCCUGUUGGUCGGCUCCCUGCCCUUUUUGGCCCACCAAGCCCGGGACCACUGGAUAUUCGGGGACGCUAUGUGCAAAAUAGUCCUUGGUAUUUACCAAAUUGUUUUUUACACCGGUAUUUUCUUCAUCACGCUAAUGAGCAUCGACAGGUACUUGGCCAUAGUGCACGCUGUUUACGCCAUGAGGACGCGUACACGCUCUUUUGGCGUUAUAGCAGCAGGUGUCACAUGGCUAGCUGGAUUUUUGUCAUCGUUUCCUGAGGUCCUCUUCAUAAAAAACCACAACCAGACCAUACAGCGGUCUGUCCUCUCGAACGCCUCUUUCUGCUUCCCUGUGUAUCCGGCCUUGGAUGGCACUAACACUCACUUCUGGAGUGUUUUUGGUCUUUUUAAAAUGAAUAUUUUGGGUGUAUUCGUCCCCAUGGUCAUCAUGGCUUUCUGCUACACACAAAUCAUCAGGCGGCUGCUUUCCACUCAGUCCUCCAAGAGACAGGCCAUCCAUUUAAUCCUUGUGGUUGUGGCUGUCUUCGUCUUCUGCUGGGUGCCUUACAACGUGGCAUCCUUCUUCAAAGCACUGGAGCUACUGAACAUUUACUCUGAGUGCGAAAGCAGCAAAGUCAUCCGACGGGCUUUGGAAAUCACAGAAGUGAUGGCUUACUUUCACAGCUGCCUCAACCCUGUGCUCUAUGUGUUUGUGGGGGAGAAGUUCAGGAGGACCUUGCUCAGGUUGAUCCACAGAGCUCCGUGCGCUCUGUGUCAACUGGUCAAGAUGGUCAUACCUCAGGAACACAUCAGCAGGUCCAUCAUCUCCCAGACCACCAGCCUGGAUGAGAGGAGCACUGCUGUGUAAAAUAGGAGACAGUCACACUUGUCUUACUAGUUACCCAGCAGGCACAAGACAUUGAUACAACGUUGAUUAUACAUACAUGUCCUUUAAAACUGACUUUGAAACAACGUUGCAAAAUAGUUGGAUUUGUAAAUUGAGACAAUGUUGGUGUCUAACGUUGGUGGUGGUGUUAUGGUAUUUUUUUUUGUUUUUGUUUUUUGUCAUAAAUAAAUACAAUCAUGUGUGUUUACAGACUGUAUCCCCGCAGACUGUAUUGAUCUAUAUUGAUAUAUAAUAUAUAUAUAUUGUGUUUUUUAUGUUGAUUUAAUAAAAAAAAAAUUAAAAACAUUAUUUAUUUAUUUUUUUAAAUUUCUUGUGCGGCCCGGUACUAAUCGGUCCACGGACCGGUACCAGGUUGGGGACCACUGGUCUAAACUACAGGUGUGCGCG